CACGGUGAGGAUCUUUCGGUGUGUCGGGGCUGAAAACAGAUGCGGGGAGUCUCGCAGGAGGACACAGAUGUGGAGCAAACCGUGGAGAGAGUGUCCGAGAUAAGAGGGAGUCCCCGGCGGAGCAUGGGGCUGACGGAGCUGCUGCUGCCCGGACUGCUGCUGUGGUUCCGCUCUGCUCUGCUCUGUGCAGCAGGCUGCAGUGAGCGCGUGGAGGUCCACACGGAGCGGAGGGGUGUGAUCUACAGCCCCUCGUGGCCUCUAAACUACCCGCCUGGAGUUAACUGCAGCUGGCACAUCCAGGGAGGUCAGGGAGAGGUCAUCACCAUCAGUUUCCGAAACUUUGAUGUGGCGGAGUCAGGAGGUUGUUUGGGAGACUGGCUCCUGCUGACUCCCACGAGGAGCGGAGACUCCAGGCUGUGUGGCUCCAUGCUGCCUCCGCCCUUCAUCUCCACCAGGGGGCGCGUGUGGCUCUAUUUCCACUCUCAGGCCAACAGCUCCGGGCAGGCGCAGGGCUUCCGCCUCUCCUACAUCAGAGGACAUUUGGGUCAGAGCAGCUGUCAGUCAGAUGAGUUCCUGUGUGGGAAUGGGAAGUGUCUUCCUCGCUCCUGGAAGUGCAACGGUCAGGAUGAGUGUGGCGAUGCCACGGACGAACGCAGCUGCUCCCCCCCUCCCACCGAGGCCCGGCCCGGCCUCUGCCCUUUCGGAUCCCUCCCCUGCACCGAGGCCCAGUCCACCCGCUGUCUGCCCGCCGCCCUGCGCUGCAAUGGAGCCCGUGACUGUCACGAUGGCACCGACGAGCUGGGCUGCCCCGACACCACCUGCGGCAAACGUCUGGGGAACUUCUACGGCUCCUUUGCGUCCCCAGAUUUUUUCCGGGCCAACAGGAGCGCAGCGACAGAGCUGAGGUGUUCGUGGUCUCUAGACACCCAGGACCCCAAGCCCAUCGUGCUGCAGCUGGACCUGCAGCUGGGGCCCGGAGACUCUUUGCAUGUGUACGAUGGCCUGCUGCAGCGUGCAGAACACCUCCUACAGGUGCUGUCCUAUCACAACAACAGGCGGCCGGCACUGCUGGAGUCAAGUCGGGGUCAGAUGAGUGUUUUGUACAUGGCCCAGCCUCAUAGCCCCGGACAUGGCUUUAACGCCACAUACCAGGUCAAAGGUUACUGCUUCCCUGGCGAGCGUCCCUGUGGCAGCGAUCAGGGCUGCUACUCUGAACGCCAACGCUGUGACGGAUACUGGCACUGUCCAUCUGGCCGCGACGAGGAGGCCUGCCCAAUGUGCCCAGUCGGUGAGUUCCCCUGUGAGGGCGGCACUGGAGUGUGCUACCCGGCGUCUGAGCGCUGCAACAACCAGAAGAGGUGCCCGGAUGGGUCGGACGAGAAGAACUGCUAUGACUGCCAGCCUGGAAACUUCCACUGUGGGACGAACCUGUGCAUCUUUGAAACGUGGCGGUGUGACGGCCAGGAGGACUGCUUGGACGGGAGCGAUGAGAGGGACUGCCUGGCGGCGGUGCCCAGGAAAGUGAUCACGGCCGCACUGAUCGGCAGUCUGGUCUGCAGCCUCCUGCUCGUCAUUGCCCUCGGCUGUGCGCUCAAACUCCACUCCCUCAGGAGCAGAGAGUACAGAGCGUUUGAGACUCAGAUGACUCGCAUGGAGGCCGAGUUUGUUCAAAGAGAGGCUCCCCCUUCAUAUGGUCAGUUAAUCGCCCAGGGCCUCAUCCCUCCAGUGGAGGAUUUCCCAGUGUACAACCCCACACAGGCCUCCGUGUUACAGAACCUGCGGCUGGCGAUGCGCAGACAGAUCAGACGCCACUCGACACGGCGCUCCACCACCUCCUCCUCUCGUCGACGUCUGGGGCAUUUGUGGAAUCGCCUUUUCCACAGUGGAGGGCGAACCAGAGGCCACGCCCCCCUGCUUGACUCCCCAGGACCCACACAGAUCACACUGGGGCUCCACAGCUACAGAACUGUGGGUGGGCCGGGGCCCCAAUCAAGGGUCAGGCCUGGAGCUGGACUUGGGGAUGAGGCGGAUGCAGCUCCGGGCUCUUUCUGCUCGGCGGCCAUGGACACACAGUCCUGCACGCCAGAGAGCCCCGCAUCGCCGCUCUCGUCACAGUCAGUGGACAGUCCAGAGGACGAGGACCUGUCACCUGUCAGCAGGGAGAGCAGCAGGGCCCCACAGUCAGAUCCCUCCACCCCUGUUCAGAGUGACUCUUCUGCCCAUAGCGGGGCCCCUCCCUCCCCCCAGGAAGACUCUGCACCCCUGUGCCCCCCCCGGGCAUCAAGGAAACUGGUUCUGGAGCUGGCUGUUAAUCUAAAGGGUGUUUCCUUGAGACGUUACUCCCCCUUGGGGCCUUUGUCCCCGAUCUCACCCCCUGUGUUCCCCAGUAGCUCCCAGACACCAACAAGCCCCCUUUACCCAGAGGGGCUGGAGGUGAUGUCACCUCCAGAGCCCUCGUCUUCCUCGGUGAAAGCAGAGGACAGAAACAGCCAUUUUAAUGUGGAAGUGCCAAGCAGGGAAAUAAGAAGCAGGGAGGAGAGGAGGAGGGAGGAGAGGAGGAGGGAGGGCAAGAGCAGGCUCUGCAGAUUCAGCGGUGAUGAGGGUGGAGAUUCAGGGAGGGGGACAACGCCAUGCUGAGGAGUUUAGGAAAAUACACUCUGUCCCCUCGCUCCAUUGAGACCUGACGUCAGCAAUAUCUGCUCUGCUAAAGUGUCCUUGAAAUGUGUCCCAACCAGAUCCAGAGGUCUAAGACUUGUACGUCAGCCCACCGCAUGGAGAAAGUUAAGUAGAAUAUAAUUCGCUCAUGUCCAUUUAAGUCUAUGAGUGCAUAUGCACAAAAUGAUGCACAUGCAGCAUUUUGCUAAGAUGAAUAAAACCAGCGUUGGUAGUGCUAAUGGUCUGUGUUGUACAGUAAAUCUCUGUCAGAUAGGAGCUUCAUGUUGACUCCCAAAAUUAAAUACAAACAGACGCCCCCGUUUCACUGUUUCAACUCAGUUUCAAAUCAACUCAGUUCUGGCCAUCAGUACCAAUACAAUAAUGGCAUCAUGUUCCUACAACGCCAAAGCAGCCUUUGUGUCGUUAACCCAGAGCCAUUAUGCACCGCUAGAUACUGUGAACCAUAAAAGCCUGUUAAGUGAUCCUAUAUGAAUUUACCAGAUAAAUGAUCCCCUUGUCGUUCUUAU